AUGGGUAUAUGUCAAUCUACACUAUGCCUGUUAUGUGAGGUAAAGGAGGAAACUCACUCACACUUGUUCUUUGAGUGUGAUUACAGUAGAAGGUGUUUGCAGGGGGUGGAAAAAUUGCUUGACAUUCCUGUCAGCAAAGUUCACUAUAUGGGAUUAUUGAGAUGGGUCAAGUGGAAGAGCAAAUGCAGCAGAUUUCAGAAAACAGCAAUGCAUACUGCUAUAAAUGCUACUGUCUAUGUCUUGUGGAGAGCAAGAAAUGAUGCUCUGUGGAAUCAGAAGAUCCCCACCCCUACAGCUACUAUUAGUUGCAUUAAGAGGAGUGUCAUUGAGAGAUUAGCUCACAUAGGUGCUAGGAAUCCUAGUACUGCAGAUCAGAUUUGGUGGAACACCAAAUGUAUAGCCUAA